AUGGCUCCCCUUAAGACAGAGACCAUAAAACCCAAAGCUAACGAGACUGCCACCAGCUUCCCCGCAAUCCGCGCCUGCAUUUUCGACAUGGACGGGCUUCUCAUCAACUCCGAAGACAUAAUCACUCUAUGCACGAACCGACUUCUGGAAAAGUACGGCAGGCCUGCCUUUACUCCAUCGAUUCGAGCCCAGCUCAUGGGGGUCCCAAACUCGACCAACGGCGACGUGUUCCACAACUGGGCCAAGUUGCCCAUCUCGCGCGAGCAAUUCGCCCGUGAAACUGACCGUGCACGCAGUGCUUCUUCCGGGGACAGGAUCGAGCUGGCCCUGGCAUCCAGCACCAAGAGCCAUAGCUACGAAUUGAAAACUUCGAGGCCGGAAACGAAACGGCUGCUUGGCUUUUUCCGGCCUGACAGGCGGGUCCUGGGUGAUGACCCACGAGUGCGACAGGGUCGAGGGAAGCCAGCGCCGGAUAUAUAUCUGGUCGCGUUGCAGGCGUUGAACUCUGGGGAGAAUUCUGGCGGAAAAGCCAUCUUGCCCAACGAAUGUUUGGUCUUUGAAGAUAGCGUGGCUGGGGUAGAGGCUGGACGACGGGCUGGGAUGAGGGUUGUUUGGGUACCGCAUCCAGAUGUGGCGGCCGAGUAUCAAGCGCGGCAGAAGGAUGUGUUGGCUGGGAGGACGGGAAUGAUUGAAAUUUAUGACGGCUGGACUGAAAGCAUACCGAAUCUGGAACACUUCGAUUACGAGAAGUACGGCAUUGAUGUAUAG